AUUUCCCAAAUUAGAGAGAGAAUCGGUCGCAGCGCUAACGUAAAACAUAAAAGUUGCGCAAGAAUUUAUGGAGGGGGUAAUAGGCUGGCCGAUGUGUAGACGCUGCUUACUUUUGCAGAACUCACCUCGUGCGGGCCUCCCUACACCCAUCCCCUAAUCUUUAUUAGUUUCCAAAUUUUGACUCGAUUAGUGAUUAUGAUGACGAUGCUUAAUAUUUGUCGGCAAGUUUCAAUUUUUUGCAAAUUUAAGCCAAUUAAAGCGAUAAGGUUAAUUUUCAUUAAGCUUAUUGUGGAUUCUUCUAGAGUUUUCUCAGUUCUUGGAUCUGUUCCCAGAAUAUUUGCAGUUUUCGUCCUCUGAAUUGGUAAUUUAUUGGAGAAUCCGCCUCACUAUUUUGAUUGGAAUUGAUUUUGCUGUGAUUUCUCAUAAAAAAAAAUUGCAGGAUUCAGAGAUUAGUAAACCUUACGAGGUUUAUGGUUUUGUAGGAUCCAUUUCGAUUGUUGUGUCCACUGCGAUCUUGUUGAUUUGGGGGUAUGCAUGCACCAGAUAUGUUCUUAAGAGUCUAUACCCAAACAAGUACUGGGCCUUGGCGAUGCCGUUUGUAUUUGAUAGUGACUCUGUCGUUAGUUUUGGGGUUUUAUUUAGGUCUUUCAACUUCAUGUCUACUUCAAUAUGUUUCUUGAAAUUGUAAUAGCUAAGCUAGCAAUGAUUUAAAUCUUCGGAGGUUGGUUGUGGUGGUGAUGACAUUGACAUUCUUUGGCUAUUUUUUUAGUUUUUGCUGGUGAUGACAGAUGAGUACAGCAGAGAAGAUGGAUAUUUUGUUCAUCUGAUGAUAGACAAAGCCAAUUGUUCAAAUCUCUGAUAUUACAAGAGUUAAACGUUUUUGUUAUGUUCGAUUCAAGUCAUGCCAAGUGAUUGGCCUUUGUUCAAAUUUCAUUGAGUGUUGGAUCGUAUCAUUAGAUGGUUAUGUGAUAAAGGUUAUAUUCGAAGCCUCAAGGAGAAUCUCAGGGCUCUAGAGAGGGAAAUGGAAGAUCUCAGAGCAAUAAAAGAUGAGGUGCAGAACAAAGUAGCGAGAGAGGAGACACGCCAUAAACAAAAGCGUAAAGCUGUCCAGGUAUGGCUUACCCGUGUUGAGAGCAUCGACACACAAUUUAAUAAUGUGCUUAGUGAUAGUCCCGUUGAGCUUCAAAAGUUGUUUUUCUGUGGUUUAUGUUCAAAAAAUGUAUGUUCGAGCUACAAUUAUGGGAAAACCCUAUUCUUGUUGCUGGAAGAGGUUAGGAAACUCAACUCGGAGGGUAAUUUUGAAGAGGUUGUUGAGCCUACUCCGAGAGCUGUAGUAGAGGAGAUGCCUACUCAGCCUACGAUUGGUCAAGAUAGAAUGCUGGAGAAGGCAUGGAAACGCCUUAUGGAAGACCAAGUGGGAAUCAUGGGUCUGCACGGUAUGGGUGGUGUUGGCAAAACUACCCUUUUCAAGAAAAUAUACAAUAAGUUUGCUGAAAUAGCUGGUAGGUUUGACGUAGUGAUUUGGCUCGUGGUGUCUCAAGGCGCAACGAUUUCAAAGCUUCAAGAAGGCAUUGCAACAAACCUACACCUUUGUAACGAGGAGUGGAAGAAAAAAGAUGAAAGUGAUAAGGCCGCUGAUAUAUACGACUAUUUAAAGAGCAAGAGAUUUGUUUUGAUGCUGGAUGAUAUAUGGGAGGAUGUGGAUUUAGAUGCCAUUGGUGUUCCCUUUCCGACAGAAGAAAAUAAAUGCAAAGUAGCAUUCACCACUCGUUCUCAGGAAGUAUGUGGGCGGAUGGGGGAUCAUGACGCAAUGAAAAUCAAAUGUUUGGAACGAGAUGAAGCAUGGGAAUUGUUUAAAAGCAAAGUCGGAGACAAUAUAUUAAGUAGAGAUCCAGGCAUUGUCAAGCUAGCAAGAAGGGUUGCUGAUAAGUGUCGUGGUCUGCCACUAGCGCUUAAAGUCAUUGGUAAGGCAAUGUCAUCUAAAACUACAGUACGAGAAUGGGAGCAUGCAAUCAAUGUUCUAACUAGAUCUGCUGCAGAGUUUUAUGACAUGGAAAAUGAAAUUCUUCCAGUUCUGAAGUUCAGCUAUGAUAGCUUGGGGGAUGAACAAAUCCAGUCUUGUUUCUUGUAUUGUGCUCUGUUUCCAGAAGAUGAAUUGAUAGAGGUUGAGAAGUUGAUACACUACUGGAUAUGCGAGGGAUUCCUAGGGGAAUACCAAGUUAUAAAAGAAGUGUAUAAUAAGGGUUAUGCUAUGCUUCGUACCCUUAUCCGUGCAAAUUUGCUCGCAGAGAGUGGCACAGAAUCUGUUGUGAUGCAUGACGUGGUUCGGGAAAUGGCUCUGUGGAUUGCAUCCGAUUUUGGGAAACAAAAAGAGAAUUUUGUUGUGCAAGCAAACGUCGGAUUAGUUGAAAUACCAAAAGUCAAGGAUUGGGGAGCUGUGAGAAGGAUGUCAUUAAUGAAGAAUAAGAUUAAAGAGAUACCAUGCAGCAGUAGUUCCAAGUGUUGUGAACUUACCACUCUGUUCCUCCAGGGUAAUCGAUUGAAGAAUCUCUCAGGUGAAUUCCUUCAGUCUAUGAAAAAGCUAGUUGUUUUGGAUUUUUCUUAUAAUCCCAACUUGAGUGAACUUCCAGAGCAGAUAUCAAAGCUGGCCUCCUUGCAGUAUCUUGACUUGUCACUUACAAGUAUAGAGCAACUGCCGGUUGGUCUCCAAGAGUUGAAAAAGCUAAAUCAUCUGGAUUUGACUGAUACAUGGGAACUUUGCAGUGUCAGUGGGAUAUCAAAGUUGUUGAAUCUAAGAGUUUUGAAACUACGAGGUUCUAAAGUUCAUGGAGAUGUAAGCUUAGUGAAGGAGCUGCAGCUCUUGGAGCAUCUACAAGUUCUAACCAUGAGGAUAUCUACGAACUCGGGUUUGGAGCUAAUAUCAGAUGAUCAAAGGUUGGCCAACUGCAUAACUGAUUUGUGUAUUUACGGGUUUCUAGAAAAGCCAUUCGAUUUAUCAUCCUUGCCGAGUAUGGAGAAUCUUAAUGAGCUCAUUGUGGUCAGUAGUCAUGUCGUGGAGAUUUAUACAGAUAUAAAAUGCAGAGAAAGCGAGACAGACUCGUCUCACUUACGCAAUCCAAAAAUUCCAUGCUUUACCAACAUCUCGCAACUGUUUAUAAGUAAGUGCCAUAGCAUUAAGGAUCUGACUUGGCUAUUGUUUGCUCCAAAUCUUGCCUACCUACAGAUUUCAGAUUCAAGAAGGGUGGAAGAAAUUAUAAAUAAAGAGAAAGCAAUGGAUCUUACAGGUCUGAAAACCACAUUACUCAGGAUUGGGAUUCCUCACUUUCUGAAAUCAGAAUCCACGCUCUUCUUCUUCUUAGUACUUUCUCUUUUCUUGUGGUGUUUGUGUUGUGCAUUUGGAUUGUAUAAUUGAUUUUGCUUUGCAUUUGGAGAUUAUAUUUGUGGAGUGUGUUGUGGACCUGUGGUUGUUCACUUGUAUUACGGUUUUCAUUUUCCAAUUGUUUUCAGACUAUUUUUUUUACACAAUCAACGUACAGUUUAUGCUAUUAGGUAAAAUCCAAAGCUUCAAUCUGUUGGUUUCUCUUUCA